AUGCUCAAAUCAGGCCUCUCGCGUAUGUGCAAGGUUAUGCUCAGGACAAUGGCGAACAAGUUCAGCAUCUCGUCGACGGUCAAGCUCAGGUCGGGCUACGAGCUUCCGGUCCUGGGGUUUGGAGUUUAUAAGACUCCCGCAGACCAAGCCACUGAUUGCGUUCGACAAGCUCUGCAGAUUGGCUACCGACACAUCGACUCGGCUACGGCCUACAAAAACCAGGGACCGUCCGCUGAGGGCAUCAAAGCUGCCGGCGUACCCCGUGAGGACGUCUUCUUCACCACCAAGGUCCCCUCAGGUGACACGCCUCUCGGCUACGAGAACGUCAAGAAACUCGUCGAUGCGGCCAUUGACGAGACCAAGCUCUCGUACCUGGAUCUCGUCCUCAUCCACUGGCCCCAUUCGGCGGGUCCGGAAGGUCGCAAGGGCGCCUGGCGCGCGCUCGUCGAGGCCGUCGAGGCCAAAAAGGUGCGCUCGAUCGGUGUCUCCAACUUUGGCGUGCACCAUCUCGACGAGCUCGAGAGCUACAUCAAGCAGCUCGAGACGGAGCGCGGGCCGGGCAAGGGGGGCGUCAUCUCCGUCGGCCAGUGGGAGCUGCACCCCUGGCUGACGCGCCCGGACAUUGUCAAGUGGUGCAACGAGAGGGGCAUCGCCGUCGAGGCUUACUGCCCCAUUGUGCGCGGAGAGCGCCUCGACGACCCCAAGGUCCAGGAGCUGGCCAAGAAGCACGGCAAGACUCCUGCCCAGAUCUUGCUGCGCUGGAGCGUGCAGAGGGGCUACGUUCCUCUCGUCAAGAGCGUGACGCCGUCGCGGAUCGAGGAGAAUGCUGGCAUCUUUGACUUUGCGCUGACGGACGAGGAGGUUGAGGAUCUGCGGACGGACGAGUACAGUGUUUGCUCGUGGGAUCCGACGGUCAAGCCUCUGGAAGAAAUAUCCGAUGACGGGCCCGGUCGCUUUGCGAUGCCCGUGCAAAACACGUUCACGCUCAUAACCGAGCGCAUCGCCAAGAACAAUGCCGUCGACGAGACGUCACGGCCCAUGACCUCGAAGCAGCUCAAGAAACAACACCAGAAAGCAAACCAAGGGCCCAAGCUCUCCCGCAUCGAACAGCGCAAGCUGGAACUCGCCGAACAAGAGCGUAUACGCAAAGAGCUGGAAAAGGACCGUCAACAGGCCCGCGCACGGAUCGCCCGAGACAAGAAGAAGGCCAAGGAGGAGGCGCAGAAGGAGGCUCGUCGCAAGAAGGGGAGACCACUCGUCGACGUCAGACCGAGCCAGGACACCAUCUCCAGAUUUGUGAGAGGCAACGGGACCGGCAAGAAAAGAGACGGGAGCGGUGCUGCUGUCGGCAGGAUAGCGGCGAUUGCAGAGGAGCCAGAGGAAGACCAGGCGCAGACAACAGCGCGACCGAACAACUCGGAUAAGUCGAAAUCACCAAAGAAGUCCCCGCCCCUGUCAAUAUCGGGAUCGACGGCGUCAGGGCUUAUGGAAGAUGGGUCAGAACCACUAUCACGAGACGUCAGCAACGACAGUGUGCAACCCCCCAAUCAGCCACUCGAGACCGAAGAUGAGAACAGAGACGAAGACGCCGCGCCUGCAGAUGGGCCUGCAGUCUUGCCAUCCAAUGCCUCUCCUGAACCAUGGUCAAAACUACCCGCAAAGUACGAGCGUGCACCAGAACUACCGAUUCCCAACUCAUCGACGUCACCCGCCCCCAAGGGCGCUGAAACUGAAGUUCCCAGGUCAUCGAGCGCCCCGAUAGACCCUGGAAUGGGCAUUCAUCUGUGCUUGCAAGAUGAGGGUUCCAUCGACAGCGCAACACCUUUGCCUGAGCCACCAGCUUCAGGCGGGCUUCCCGAGAAAAGGGCUACGAGUACAGGCGCCGAAGCAGUCACCAUGGCAGCAGAUCAUGAGGACAACCUUUUAACAAACAUCGAUCUCGACGAUCUACUGGAUGAUGUGUCCAUCAAGGAUCUUGAGACGACCAUCAGUGGCCACGACCCAAAGCCAGCCAAUGCACCAGUGGCAGAGCUGUUUGAAGACGACUUCGCCGAUGAUCUCGUACUGACGCAGCUACCGCCUAUAGCCGCACCAAGCCCUGUGGAACCUUUUUUGGAUCGCAGCGAGUGUGCUCCAGCAAAGGCUCGCGGCUCCACGGUAUCCCUAGGGCAUCCAGCGGCACUUGAAGAAAGGAGUACAGAGCCAGCGCCCGGCAUGGACCUACAAGAGGGGAUCUUGGACGGAUUGCUGCUGGACUUGGGCAUGGAAUUCUCACAGGAGCUCGAUUUGUACGACGUCCCAGAACUUGAAGAUCCGCCAGCCAUGGGCGCUUACGCAGAAGGCCCCAAGGCUGAGCCACCGAGGUUUGCGGGCACACAGUUUGAGGAUGACUUGGGCGAUGAUGCUCUCGAUGCUAUAGACGCCAUGCUCGAAGGUUGUUUAGACCCCCGAACCGAGCAGAAGUCACCAUUACCGCACAAAGCUUCGGCGGGCCCUGAUUACCAAGAAGGGGCAUUUCAAAAAUCAGUCUCUACAAAUCCGCAUGUGGCGACUGGAGCUGCACCGGAUUUCUCCAGUUUCGGCGAGGACGACUUGGAAGAUGAUCUUCUCAGGGGGUUAUUCAUGACACAGGCGCCCGCAGACGCCUCUGCGUCUGUUCCUCAGCCCUUGGCCACGACAAAGUCACAGGUCCCCGAGGUCAAGACAACCGACACGAGCACGUCGCUCUCCUAUGCUGCGGACCUCGGGAUCCAGCGGCAAUCUUCACCUCCUCGGCCAGAUCCACCCAUGAGCACACAGGCUGUCUUGAUGAACUUUGACGACUACUUUCCCUCCCCAUCCCAGCAGGAGCGCGAGCUGGAGGAUGACAGACUGCCCUUUGUCUCCCAGAAGACACCCUGUCCGCCGCCCCGACCACCACGACCACAGAUGCCCAAGGCUUCACCGCACCCGACGCAGGCCAUGGCACCACCACCCUCACCGAAACGAUUCUUCAGCACGUCUGGCUCGAACGAACUGCUUUCCCUGGCUGUGCACCGCAGUCGCCGCGACAUUGCGCUAGAGAAUCUGCACGACCAAGACCGCCACAGAAUACAGGCGGGCACGAAUCAACCGAACCGCCAGCUCCAGCGGCAGGCGGAAUGGCCUGGCCGGUCCUCGGCGACAGGCUCUAGAAAGCAGGCAGCUCCUGGCUUCCGCCAGGCCAUGAGGGCACCAUUCUCCAAGCGGCCCGCGCAGGGGCGUCCACCUGCCUUCAAACAGGCCAGAGCGCCGGCGGCUCGUGCGCCAGACGUCCGGCCUCCCCCCUUUAAACCGCCGGUGAAGCACCCGUCCACAGGAAAGGAGAAUGCUUGUCCGUCGCCGCAAGACGAUGUGAUGAUUGCAUCGCAAGAGACGGAAUACGGAGGGGGUUGGAUAGAUGACAUUGCAUUGGAUAUUUUGUGA